AUGUCAUCAAUCCUGAUUGGUUGUCAACAUUUCACAGCCAGACACACAGCUGUUGAAAUGUCUUCUCUCCUUAUAGAGCAGGUGAAUAAAUGGGGAUUAGUUAAUAAAAUAACUAUGAUUGUUAGUGAUAAUAUGGUGGCAGCUGUUCGAUUAUGCCAGUGGAGGCAUUUUCCAUGUUUUGCUCAUAGCAUCAAUUUAAUAGUACAAUCUGCGCUAGAGGAAGUGAAACCAAUAUUAGGUAAAGUAAAGGCCAUUGUGAAAUAUUUCAAACGCAGUACUCACGUAUUGUCUCGUCUAAAUGAUAUUCAGAAACAAGGUGGUUAUUCUGUUUUGAAGCUAAAGCAAAACUAUCCUACCCGGUAG